ACGCAAACCUAUCGAAAAUUUUUACCCCACGGUCGAUAAAAUAUUUUCGUUGCUUUUUUUCACAGUCGUGUACAAAAAAAAAAUAAUAGGAAAUAGCAAGUAAAUUGAAAAUACAGUGAAGUGUUUUGAUCCCGUGGAGUGCAGGUUCCAGCGGAAAGUGUGUGCAACAAAUAUGAGCAGUACGCAAAAGUGGCCAGCAAAAGCAAUAACAAAGUAGCAACAGCAACGCAACGUGUGUGUGUUGUAAGCAAUCUGUACAGCGGAAAGGUGUUUGUGUGUUGGUGUGCUCGGGGGGUGGUGUGCGUUUCGCCCGUCCCGUGUCCAUAAAUUAGAAUCGAAUCGAAAUCGACAUUGAAGUCCGCUGCUCCGCCACCGCGAUGUCCGUCGACCAGGAUCAAUAAGCACCGUCACCACCAGUAGCUGACCAUCAUAAAGUUCUCCAUAUCGAGAGCAGACUGACUCGGGACUCGGAAUCGAAUUCGGAAUUGGACUUGGAAUCGGAAUCGGAAUCUAUAGCGGAGGAAUCACGCGCGGCAGCCAGCCCAAUACGGAAAACUGCUGAAAAAUAGCCCGCAGUAGCAGCAGAACCACGAUCACCAGCGGCACGAGCAGGGAGCAGAAGGAAGCCGACGGAGGAGGAGACGAAGAAGGAGGAGAAGGAGAGCCACCACAAAGAUUGGGUAAAGCGCACCACCAUGGUGAGUACCAAUCUGGUGGUGCCGGUGGUGCUGUGGGGACCCACGGCGCCCACGCACUGCAUCUCUAGCGUGUUCCUCUCGGACGAUCAGUUCACCCUGGUCACUGGCUGCUACGAUGGACAGAUCUGCCUUUGGCAAGUGGAGCCCACCACCCUCAAGAUGUCGCCGCGCUGCCUAUUGGUGGGCCAUUCGGCGCCCGUAUUGUGCUUAGUGCGUGCCUCGCUUCUGCCCGAGAACAACUUCCUUGUCAGCUCGUCUGAGAACGGAGAGAUGUGCACCUGGGAUCUUACGGACGGCAAGUGCAUGGAGGCGGUCAAGCUGCCGCAGGUGCACACCCAAAUCCAGAGCUACCACACCGCCAACAGCGAGGAUGUGCGCCUCUUCUGCAUUGGCUACUAUGCCGAAAUCAUGGUCAUGGACCCGUUUAGUCUAGAGGUGAUCUACGUGCUCAGCUCGAAAGUCAAACCGGAUUGGAUAUCCGCCAUUCACGUACUGCGGCCCAUGCGUCGCAAGGAUGAUGUAGUGUUGGCCAUCACCACCACCGGAACCGUGAAGGUCUGGACUCUGACGGGUAACGAAAACAAACACGCGGAGCCCAUCUACGAGAACGAAUCCAAGGAGAUACGCUGCCUGAAUGCCAUCACCAUGAAUUGCUGCGCCCAGAACCAGCGCACAGUGCUCCUAGUGUGUACUAAAUACUGGCAGAUCUAUGAUGCCGGCGACUUCACCGUACUCUGCUCCGUAAUAGCACCGGCAAGGGAGCGUUGGCAGGGCGGCGACUUCAUUACCUCCGAUCGGGUAAUGCUCUGGACAGAUGAGGGAAAGGGCUACUUGUAUAAGCUGCCCGCAAACUGCAUUCCCGACAACAAGGAGUUCCACUCAAAGAGUGUCGUCAGAGAUGCACCAUAUCUCUACUACGUGUUGCAACACGCUGGCGAUAAGGUGCUGUCGUGCCCCCCGGCCAUGAAGUUGCUUCAGGGCGCCGGUGGUCAGCACAAUCUUCUGCGCGGCGACUCCGAGGGAUACAUCUCUGUUUGGAAUGUGCCGGAGGUGCCGUUAGACAAUAUUAGCAUACUGCAGGCCAAACAGAUGCCGCCCCGAGUCCUUAAGCCGCACGUGUGCACUUCGCUGGUCGAGGCGUGGUCCAUAAUGGAUCCACCACCCGUGGGCAUUCUGGACCAGCUGUCCCGCAUCACAGAGUCGCCGGUGAAGCUAACCUCGAGUAUCUAUCUGCCACAGCAGAGUCGCCUGGUGAUCGGACGCGAGGAUGGCAGCAUUGUCAUAGUGCCAGCCACCCAGACAGUGAUGAUGCAGCUGCUGGUGGGCAUCAAGCAGAACUUCAGCGAUUGGCCCUCGCAUCAGAUCCUCUACGGUCAUCGAGGAAGGGUCAACUGCCUGCUGUGCCCCUCGAUGAUUCACUCGCGGUACGAGAAGUCGCAUCUACUCUCCGGUGGCAUCGAUUUCGCCGUGUGUCUGUGGGAUCUGUACAGCGGCAGCUUGCUGCAUCGGUUUUGCGUGCAUGCGGGAGAGAUCACACAACUGUUGGUGCCGCCAGAGAGCUGCAGUCCAAGAAUCCUGAAGUGCAUAUGCUCGGUGGCCUCGGACCAUUCCGUUACGCUAGUGUCCCUUCAGGAGCGCAAAUGUGUGACCCUGGCGAGCAGACAUCUGUUUCCGGUGGUCACCAUUAAGUGGCGUCCCCUGGACGACUUUCUAAUCGUAGGCUGCUCCGAUGGCAGCGUGUACGUGUGGCAAAUGGAAACGGGUCAUCUCGAUCGAGUGCUGCACGGGAUGCUGGCAGAGGAAGUGCUUUCAGCUUGCGAUGAACAGGCGGAGGAUGGCGGCUCGGGAGGUGGCGGCGGCGGUUCGAAUGGUGCAUCUGCCAGCGAGAUGGGCAUGGCCAAUCCUGCAGUGCACUUCUUCCGUGGCCUGAAGUCGCGCAACAUGAACGCAAUCCGGCAUGCUACCCAGCGUGGGAUUACACAACUCCAGCAACUUCAGGGCCAUAAUCAAGGAAACUUCGAUUUCCUCAUGAAGCACCGCAGUAAUCCUCUAGUGAUCCAGGGUCUUCGCACAAAUCCCAAGGAUGCGGAGAGCCACAUCCUUUUCUUUGACAUCGAGGGACUGAUCUUCGAAUUGCACAGCGAGGAAUACGCACAGAUGACACCAGCUACUUUGGAAUCACUCGGUGUCCACCUGCAGAAUCCCAAAGAUGGCAAGUCGAUGCAUUUGGAUGCCAGCAAGAAGAUCGGUGACUUCUUCAACAAGGUGAAGAACAAGGCCGUGGAUGUGGAGAAGAUCCUGAAGGACAAAGACAAACAUGGACUGGUGCAGAAGUUCAAGGAGAAAACUGAGAUUGUCGAGAAAAAAGUACAGGCCAAGGUGGAGAGCCUGCAAAAGGCAGUGGAGCCGCACGAGGAGCAGCAGGAUCUGAAAAGCAAAAUCGCUUCCAAGAUGGAGGUUACGCACGUUAUGGAGGUAGCCCAGCUACUGCUUUCGCUGCUCCAUUCUUGGGGCCUGGAUCCACACCUAGACAAGAUGUGCGAGACGCGUUUGGGCCUGCUUAGACCCAUUGUGCCCAUCUCAUACGGAGUGCUUUCCAAGGCCGGCUAUAUGUCUCUGCUGCUGCCCACAUGGCAGAACAACUAUGCCAUACCGCCGGGCAUACAGCUUCCCUCCAGCUCCAAGAAGCGCCCGCUGCCCGAGGAGUUGCAGCGCCUGGAGCAUCUCACGGCUGUUUUUACAUCCCGUCUGCAUUGGGAGCUCAGCACUACGUUGACCACCAAUCAUAUUCUCGCUCUGGUGGCCAUGUCCAACACGCUGCUAUCGAUGAGCGCGGCCUCCUUUCUGCCGGACAGCGAGAAGCACAAGAAGCUGCAGCGCUUGGCUCAGCGCACGGACUCCACAUUGAGCAACGAGGAGGAGCGCGAGGAGCUGGUGGCGCAUCACAUCUCCCAGAUCAAGCACGCCUGGAGCCUGCUUGCUACCCACCAUUGCUUCCUGUUGCCGGAUAAGAUUGAGGCCCUGGAGCCGAAGAAAUUCAAGCGCCCGCAGGUGGAAAUGAUGGUCAAGCGCUGGCAGCAUCACUGCAUAGAGAUCAGGGAGGCGGCACAGCAGAUCCUCCUGGGCGAGCUCACCCGGAUGGGCAAGAAGGGCCGCAAGCAGCUAGUCGAGAGCUGGGCACAGUAUCUGCCCCUCUACACGCACACGGAGCCCAUAGUGGGUGCCCAACAGCAGUUGGCCCUGAUAAGUCAGCCGGCGGGCGGAGGAGCUGGUUCGGGAUCGGGUGGCAAUGGAGGGGUGGGUGUUGGAGGCUCCGGCGGCGGCGGUGCCGGGAAUGGUAGCGGAGCAGGUGGCAGUGUUCCAGGCGGAGAUGCCCACCAAGAUGAAGACUACGAAGAGGAGGAAGAGGAGAUUAUACGCAAACCAUCCAGCUUGUCGGAGCUGAAGCGCAAGCAAACAACGGCCGUAAUCCUAUUAGGCGUGAUAGGAGCAGAAUUUGGACAGGAUAUAUCCCAGGAGUCGCCAAAUCACCGUGGAAGUAUUAGCUUGGCCACAGGAGCCAAUCUAACCAGUGGAGUUGCUGGCGGGGAGCGCCGGAAAUCCAGCGUGGUGGAGGGUUUCGGCAUAGCCAACAAUCUAGCCCGUCUCACCUCAAUGGCCCUGGCCCACCUACUGUACGCGCCACCGUCUCCCAAGCUACCACAAUACACGCCACUGCGCCGCGCCGCCAUUGAUCUGUUGGGUCGCGGUUUCACCGUGUGGGAACCCUACCUGGAUGUGUCCAAGGUGCUGCUCGGCCUGCUGGAGAUAUCGUGCGAGGGCAAGGCAGUGCCAAAUCUGAACUACAAACUCCCACUUACCCCGCAAGCCGAUGCCUGCCGCACCGCCAGGCACGCUCUGCGGCUGAUAGCCACCGCUCGGCCGGCGGCGUUCAUCACAACGAUGGCGCGCGAGGUAGCCAGGUACAAUACGAUGCAGCAGAACGCGCAGUCCAUCAACACGCCGCUCACCCAGUCCGUGCUGCACAAGGCCAAGGGCGAGAUACUGCAGUGCGUUGAGAUGCUGAUCGACAAGAUGCAGUCGGAGAUCGCCGGCCUUCUGGUGGAGGUGAUGGACAUCACCCUGCACUGCGUGGACGGCAACGAGCUGAAGAGCCGCGGCCUGGCGGAGCUGUGUCCCGCCAUCUGCAAGUUUAACCAGAUCUCGCACUGCGCCCAAACACGGCGCAUCGCCGUGGGCGCCAACAGUGGCAACCUGGCCAUCUACGAGCUGCGGCAGAACAAGUGCCAGAUGAUACCGGCCCACACGCACCCGAUCACCUCGCUGGCCUUCUCGCCGGACGGCAAGUACCUGGUCUCGUACUCCUGCGCGGAGAACCGCCUCUCCUUCUGGCAGACCUCGACGGGGAUGUUCGGAUUGGGCCAGUCGCAGACGCGCUGUACGAAGGGCUACUCCACGGCCCCCAUUCCGGAUGUGUCGCGCCUGAAUCCGAUGCGCCUGGCCAAGCUGGUGUGGAUCAACAAUCGCACGGUUACACUCAUGCUGGCCGACGGCUCCGAGACGCGAUUUAAUGUCUAAGCGAUGACGAUGGAGGAGUCCUGCGGGAUGUAUACCCUGUUAAUUGGCAAUCAGUGCGGCCUUCAGCGCAGCGCUUCGGAGGAGCAGAACGAGGAUAACGAGGAGGACGAGUCGGCGGUGGAGCAGGAGGAGGAGCUGGGGAAGCAGAAACGACAAAACAAUAAUUAUUCGAAAAUAAAAGUGCGGUAAUGUACGGCGUUUCGUUGAAUAGUUAAGGCAAUGGAAACGAAGAAAAGCUUAGCAACAUUAAGUCGAAACGAAAAAGAAAACAAAGCUGGGGCAAACGAGAAGCUAAGCGAAGUUGGUUCGAGCGAAAAUUCACAACACAUUUUGUUAUUUAUUUAUAUACUUACCCUAUAUAUCUGUAUCUGUAUCUGUAUCUAUCUGUAUCUAAUCCGUAUCUGUAUGUAUUUUAAUGUAUUACACGAUUUUAAUAUGCCCCUUAUUCCCCCCUUUCUGCGUCCAUUUUAAAUUUUAGUGCCUAACUUUUACCCAUACUCUUAGAACACGUGUUUCUGUUUCCGUUUCUGUUUCCGUUUCUGUUUGUCGUUAAUUUCCCAUGCGGAAAAAAGAAAAACUAAAUCCAAAUAUUAACAAAGUAAACAACAAUUAACCACAUGCAAGCAAACAACAACUACACGAGAAAAACAAAGGAAAUGAAAAACGAAAAAAAAACAAAGAAUGAAAAGCUGUUAUUAUGAUUACACAACUAUUAUUAUUACAAUUGUAUGCUACUAUUAUUAUUAUUAUUAUUGAUAUUUGUUAUGCCUAAUGUAUUGUUAUAUAUAUAUAUCUAAAAUAAACCUAAACAAAUGUAUUGAGCAAA